CUCCUGGCUGUGAAUUGAAGUGGUAGACGAGAAGGAAACAUUAACGUUGGGAGGAUAAAGGGAGGGAGAGGGGGAGGAGGAGGAGGAGGAGGAGGAGGAGGAGGAGGAGGAGGAGGGCGUCUGACAGGGAUGAGAGUAUUUAUAGGUGGAGGGAUGUGGAGUUAGAGAGGGAGAGAAGGCAGCAGAGGUACAAAGAAAGAGGGAGAGAGAGAGAGAGAGAGAGAGAGAGCCGGGGAGGGAGAUCCAGACACAAUAAGAAGGAAGAGGAGACAAAGAGGAGGAGGAGGAGGAGACACCAUGCUGAGGAGGAAGAGGAGCGUGUCGUUCGGAGGCUUCGGAUGGAUCGAUAAGUCCACAGUGAGCGCUCUCAGAGCUCGGAAGCAGGAGCAGCUCACCAUCUCUAAUGUUGCUGUGGCAGACUGCCCCCCCUCGCCCCCCCGCACCGCACCCCCCACCAUGAAGUCUGCUCACUUCUUCGAUAUGAUGGACAGGAUGGAGCAGGUCCCAGAAACCGCCGAGAUCAGGACGCCCCCUCAGAGACAGAAGGACGACUACAUUCCUUAUCCCAGGAUAGAGGAGGUGCUGGAGAAGGGGGCGCCGUACCCCCAGGUCAUCCUCCCCCAGUUCGGAGGGUACUGGAUCGAGGACCCGGAGGCUCCUCCUCCUCCUCCCGCGCCUCCUGCAGAGGGUGAGGAUGAGGACGUCGAGGACGGAGGGGGAGGAGGGCAGCGGGAAGCAGAGGAUUUUGGGUAUCGGCUGGAGGAGAUGAACCAGGCGGCGCGGGCGUACCGGAAGCACUUCCUGGGCAAGGAGCAUCUGAACUUCUGCUGCUCGGCCGGCGCUCUGGGAAACCUCCUGCUGUCCGUGAGGCAUGAGGAGGAGAAGGAGGAGGAGCACCUCCACGUCAUCGUCAGGUCCCGGGUGAAGAGCGUCUACCACAGACUGUCCCUGACGGAGCUGACGGACAUCCCGAGCGUCCCGGAGCUGGCCAAGCUGCUGUGCGACGAGGCGGCGGGUCUGCGUUUCAGCCCCGUCCUCUACCCCAAGGCGUCGCAGCUGAUCGUCACCUACGACGAGCACGAAGUCAGCAACACCUUCAAGUUCGGAGUCAUUUUCCAGAGGUUUGGGCAGGUGUCGGAGGAGGAGCUUUUCAGGAACAACGAAGAGACGCCGGCCUUCACAGAGUUCCUGCAGAUGCUGGGAGACACGGUGGAGCUGCAGGACUUUAAAGGGUUUCGGGGUGGUCUGGAUGUGUCCCACGGCCAGACGGGGUCUCAGUCCAUCUACACCGUCCACAGGCGGCAGGAGAUCAUGUUCCACGUGUCCACCAAGCUGCCCUUCACCGAGGGCGACGCCCAGCAGCUGCAGAGAAAGCGUCACAUAGGCAAUGAUAUCGUGGCAGUGGUGUUUCAAGAAGAGGCCACGCCCUUCGUCCCAGAUAUGAUCGCCUCCAACUUCCUGCACGCCUUCGUCCUGGUGCAGGCGGAGGAGCCCUGCGGUGACAACACCUCCUACAAGGUGUCCGUCACAGCAAGAGAAGACGUCCCACAGUUCGGCCCGCCUCUCCCGAAUCCGGCCGUCUUCAAGAAGGGCCCAGAGUUCAGAGAGUUUCUCCUCACUAAACUCAUCAAUGCCGAGCUUGCCUGCUACAAAAGCGACCGCUUCGCACGGCUGGAGGAGCGAACUCGGGCCGCCCUGCUGGACAGUCUGAAUGACGAGCUGCAGAGGCGCUCCCAGAGCAUGCUGGGAUUGACGUCGGGUGCCGAGGAGGACGGGCGUUCUGAGAACGGACACGCCCACGGAGGACUCCUGGAGUCCAUCAAGAGGGCGAUGAGGGGGCGGAGCGUCUCCAUGGAGACCAUGUCAAGGGGCGGGGCAGGACUCCCCACCAGUCUGAGUGGCGGGGGUCUGGCACACAUCAGCAUGGAGUAUAACGUGAAAUCUCCAGUGAAGAGGCGAUCCGGACUCUUUCCUCGCCUGCUGAGCGUCGACAGCCAGACGGAGAAACACAACCACAGGAGCCUCCUCAAUGAGCAGAGGAGCUUCGACAGCUGCCAGCCAAUGCUCGAGGUGAGGCCAGAGCUGCCGUCCAAUCCCAGCUCUCCGGAGGCGGGACAAAGAGACAGGAUCCAGCAGAGGCGGGAGAGCAGUAAGAUCUCCAGGUCGACGUCCAGCAGCUGCACCUUCAGCGUCCCUGCAGACGACUUACAGCCGCUGAGGCGUCCUGAGCUGUGUCAGGCGGCAUCGGAGGGCCCAUGUUCGAUUCCGCUGGUCGCCUGUCGGAGCCCCACAGAUGUGAGGAGCAGAAACUCACCCAGAUCCAACCUGAAGUUUCGCUUCGACAGACUGAGCCACUCCACAGCCGGAAACUGACCAUGAGGACACGAGGACGGCUGCAGUGUCAAACACUGUUUGUGCCAACAGCAAUAUCGGGGAGCGAGAGAUAAAGGAGCAUGUCGACGCUCCGUUUAUCCAGUCUAUUCAACUGUGGCAUCCCUC